GCAUCCUGAUUCCUUGCUGAGGAAUGUGUUGGGUAACGGUCCAUGUUGCUCCCUGUCAGGUACAUGGCUCCAGAGGUGCUGGAUGACUCCAUCAACAUGAAGCACUUUGAGUCGUUCAAACGGGCCGAUAUCUACGCCAUGGGCCUGGUAUUCUGGGAGAUUGCCAGCCGCUGCUCUGUGGGAGGCAUUCAUGAGGACUACCAGCUACCCUACUAUGACCUGGUCCAGUCAGAUCCAUCAGUGGAGGAAAUGAAAAAGGUGGUCUGCGAGCAGAAACUUCGACCAAAUAUUCCCAACCGCUGGCAGAGCUGUGAGGCUCUGCGGGUUAUGGCUAAGAUCAUGAGGGAGUGUUGGUACGCCAACGGUGCUGCCCGGCUCACCGCGCUCCGGAUCAAGAAGACGCUGUCUCAGCUCAGCCAGCAGGAGGGAAUCAAGAUGUAGACCCAGCUCCCAAACACACACACUCACACACACAUCUCUGACUGGGAUCUAUACCAUUAGCAUUACACCAUCUGUGUCCUGACGAGACCUCAGCCUGUCCUGUAGGGAAGCUGAGGACAUUUUGUAUCUCACUCACGCCUGAGGAGGCUGGUGUCCUACUGGACAGCUGGACUGAUGUCUGGUGGAGAAAUCUGAUGGAGGAGGUCUGUGCCUGGGGGGAUGGUAGAGAUGUGUAAGGAAGCCUCCUAUCAUUGACGUUUCAUUAGAGCAUCCUCUUCAAUCAUCACCAUAAAUCUUUCUGUAAACAAUCCAAACCUUUCCCCUCAGUAGGGCUGCAGCUCUGGAGAUGUUAGGGAAAGAAAUUGUGAUUUUCUAAGUAGUAUUGAAUGCGCUUUUUAUUGGGAGACUGACCUUGUGUCAUAUCGUUGCUAUAGCAACUCCCAGGAAGCCUAGAGUGUCAUCAGCUUGUAAGGGAUGUGACGGCUGCUCCACAGACUACUGUGUGUGGCCACUGAGAUGUGUUACAGGACAGGAAAUGUCGCAUUUUACUCAAUGAGCCAGUCAGCACCAGUGUCCAAACUAGUGCUGACUGUUUGGAUUGGGUCAUGACUGGGUGAUCAUCUGGAGAAACAGGAGCAUCAUGGCAUCCCAUGCAUCAUUGGAAGAAUGGAAGGAACAGUAGCUGUUUGGGUCAGCCUGGUUACACAUGUUCCAGUCAAAGAGCCAGACAUUGAAAAUACCCAAUCAACUCUGAUCAAUAGAUUAGAUUGUUUUAUUUAUUGCAGAUAAAUAAAACAGAUACUAUGCAA